CAACGAGAACAAGGUCCGACUUUGAAAAGGGCGAAGAAAGAAAAACAGUAUUAAGCGAGGGUCGAACCCUUUAUAGUUCUGCUAAAAGGCGUUUUGUUAGAAUUUUUGAUCGAGAAAGGGAUUUCCCAUUCAAGGACAGAAACCUGCCUUGUUUCCAUUCUGAUUCUCCUAGACCACACCCAGGUUCCAUGAUGUCAUCCCCGUCAUUAGCCCCAUCCUCUCCAGGAUCUCCAGAAACCGUAGCUUCGGGGAAGCUGUCAAGGGCACAUACAACGUUGUUGCGAUCUGGUACAGCAUCCUUAAAUCCCUCUGAGAAGUCAGGCGUGGAAACAAAGUCUGUAGUCACAGUUCCAGAAGAUGAUAACCAGGUCAACAAAAAUCCCUUCAAACUUCCUGCAGAUAAUGAUAUCUUCCUCCUAAGGGACAAGGAAAGAGAACGCAUGAAGCUUGUGCGUGAGCAGCAGAAGAAGCUUAAAAUCCAUGAGAAAACCACCUACGCUGGUCGAAUGAACACCAAGAGGGUGGAGACGAGGCGUGCAAUGAAGGAGGGAGAAGAAAUGACAACGAAGGACAAAAAUGAGAGGGAGGCACUGCUUGCUCUCAAAGAUGAUCCAACGUGGAAACUGGCCAUGACAAGAGAUCGCAAUAUAGAAAGAGAAAGCAUAAAUGAAUUUAUUUCAAAGAAAAGAGAGAUGUUUCUGUUACAGUACUCCUUGGCAGUUAAGAGGGAUGAAAUUCGCAAACUGGAUGAGGUGGCUGCAGCUGAAGAAAGCAAACUGGAGAAGGCUGAGCAAUUCCUUGAAGAUGACGCUGCCAUGUUUGACGAGUUUCUGAAAGAGAAUGACAAAAAUUCAGUGGAAGCCAUCAAAAUUGCAGAGCAAGAGGCAAAAGUGAAACUGGAGAAGGUCGCUGAAAAGAAAAGGCUUUCAGCAAAAAUUGUGUCAAUUAAGAGUGACAUUUCGAAGUAUGAGGAUAUCCUGAAGGAAUACAUGACGUACAAGGAGUUUCUGCUGAAGCUUUCUCCCAAGGAGUGGCAGCAGAAAUAUGAGGAAAAGCAUCGGAAGAACAAGCAAGCCAGAGCAGAGCUCAAAAACAAGGAAGUGAGAGCCACACACUCUGAUAAGCGCAUGGACAGCAGGUCUUCGAACGUCACACAGCAAGGGGGGAGAGAGGUAACAUCCGUGAGGGAUUCCAGGAUGUCUUCAAGACACAGUCUUAAACCCUCUUCUUCCAGUAGGAAAUUGAGUUCAAGAUCCCAGAUAGAUGAAGACAACUCAUCUGAUGAUGACGACGAAGAGCCAGAGCUAUAUUUCACCGAGCCCCAGCAGCUGCUGGACAUCCUGACUGAACUGGAGGAGCAGAACCUCUCUCUCAUUCAGAACUCGCGCGAGACAGAGGAAGCCCUGGAAGAGUUCAAGCACACCAUGGUCAACACCCAGAAAAAGAUGGAUCAGGAGACCGAAAUCCUAAAGCAGCAGAUAGAUAUUCUAAAACAAACCAUUGAGCGAGAGAAGGAACGGGCAGCAGAGCUGGAGCUUAAAGCCAGAUUGUUCUCCUUCGGCCAAUACAAAUCGGAAGACCAGCUCCUGAACAUGUUGGAGGUUGUAUUCAAACACCACCAUUACAUUCCAUGACUUGCCAUCUCCAGCUUUAAACAUUGCGAAUGUUCAAGCUAAGCAAGUUGUUUAAAUGGAUUCAUUUAAAAUGGUAUAAGAUAAUGUGAACGGUUCCAAAUGUGAGGAGGCACUUCGUUGUUUUUUUUUACUCUAUUGAUAAAUAGUAGCUUCUAAACACUUUGACAAG